UUUAGCUCGAUGAUUCAUAUUCCCUCAUCUUUCAAAAACCACUAGCGACAAGGUAACAUGUAUUUUUGGAGAUAGGCUCCUUAAAAGUCCAGGCAUAUAAAGGGGACGUCUAGACAUCCAAGUCCAAGUCAUCAUCCCAUUCGAUCCUAUUCACACGGAUUCACCCACCAUGUUAAUCCUCAUCGCCGGCAUCACAGGCAACAUCGGCCAGCACGCCGCCUCAUACGGUCUUGCCCAAGGCCACCGCAUCCGUGGCCUAUCACGUUCGCCCGCCAAACUUUCCCCAACGAUCCACUCUCAACUCGAGUCCUUCGUCACCAGCACCAGCUACCACGACAUUGCAGCCCUCGAGACAGCUGUUGCUGGCGUCGACGCUAUCAUCUGCGCCUACGCCGGCAUGCCGGAGUUGCACCUUGACGGCCAACUGCUGCUCCUGCGCGCUGCCGAACGCGCCGGCGUGACGCGCUUCCUUACUGCUAGCUGGAACUACGACUGGCGCAAGAUCCGCUUCGGCGAGGACGAGCCAGUAUAUGAUGCGGCGAUUGCGUUCCACAAGUGUGCGGAGAUUACCUCGUCGAUUCGGCCGCUGUAUAUUCUGAGCGGGAUGCUGGCAGAGGUGUUCUUUGGCACGGAGGGACAGACGGGAUUCACGACGGAGUUCGAAGGGGGUGUAAUUGGUUGGGAGGAUGGGAGGAGGGUCAUGAAUGUUUGGGGCACAGGGGACGAGGAUUGGUUUUUCACCACAGAGGAGGAUGCAGGGAAGUGGGGAGUGGAGGUUGUUACAGGGCCGAGGGCAGAGGAAGGCGGGUUUGUGAGCGUGUGUUCUUGGGUCUCAAGUUUGAAUGAGUUGGUGGAGAGGUAUCAGAAGGUCAGGAAUAUCGAGGUCGUCGUGAGGAAGAAGGGGUCUGUGGCGGAGUUGGAAGCAUUGGCGGAAAAGAAGAAGGAAAUUGGUGGGAGAAGAGGAUUCUGGGAUUGGCAUCGACUGUGGUUUCAUCUCUUCUGUGUGAAGGGAAUAUGGAAUCUGACGAGUCUACAAAAUGACCAGUUCAAUGUCCGGCCUAAGACGAUGGAGGGGUUCCUAAAGGAGCAUUCUAGUAUCUAAAGGACUAAGACAUAAUUACCUAAAAAAGCUAGUGACAAAGCAAAAAAGUAGAUAUUGUGUUCACAAUGGUAAAGACUAGAGUGCCGAAGGCCUGAUGUCGUCGUGUCUAUAAGCUCACACAAACAAGAACUCAUGCAGAUCCCGUUUCUGAAAUGGAAUUCCACAUCUUUUAGCACAAGACUGCACAACAGACACGGCCUGGUUAUUGGCAGUCGCUCGAAGUUGGUCGACGUCAGCAGAGCUGAGGUAGUUUGUCUGAUAGCCAGUGGCGGAGAGGUCCACUUCUGAAGGAUAAACAGAAAAGAAAGAUCGCGCAACU